CAUGUACUGAGCUUGGUAUUUUUAUUCUAUUACCUUUUUUUAUAACUCAGUUAUACAAUAGAAGGGGAUAGGGCAGAGUGAGAGGAGAAAAGCUGCUACGUGUUGUCCGACUGCAUUCCAGUGUCUCUCUGACAGCCUAAUAAAUUGUGCUGAUCGGGGUUCUCUGGCACAGACAAGAACAGACGUCAAACACAUGGGACGGAGGACUUAAUUUACUCUUAGAAGAAAAGGAGGGGAAAAACAAGAUCAACAUGAAAGUAGCAUUGGCAAUUGCUGGGCUUGUUCUAAUUUGCUCUCUCAGUGUAUUUGCCGAGAUCCCUGUGCAAAGUAAUUUUGAAACUGACCGGUUCACAGGUAAGUGGUAUGGCAUCGGCAUAGCAUCUGAUGCGGACUGGUUUCAGGCCAAGAAGAACAAAAUGAAGAUGUACACAACAGCGAUGAUGCCAACUGCACAUGGUGGGCUGGAUGUUACGCUCUCCAUCCAAAAGCCUGAUGGCUGCAAAGUCAUACACGAUAUCUACAAACCCACUGGCCAGCCUGGUCACUUUCAGUACACUAGUUCUCGUUGGGGUACAAUGCAUGAAGUUCGUGUUGUGGAGACCAACUAUGAUGAUUAUAUCCUAUUACAUUUUCAGAAGACCAAAGGCACUCAUAUGUCUGCUAUGGUGAAACUUUUAGGGAGGACACAGUACCUUGAUUCUGAGACUGUGGAGAAGUUUAAGCAGUUCUGCCUCCAGCAGGGAAUUAAAAAAGAAAAUGUUGCCCUUCUACCAGUAGCAGAGGAAUGCAGUGCUGAGAUUUAAGACCUUGUGGUGUUGAAGUAAGGAGGAGCAUAACCAAUCAAAUAUGCUGAUUCUGCAAAUAAUCGAAUCAUCAACUGGAACUCUCUAGUACAUUUAGAAACUAACAGCAUUUUUUUAAAAUGCAUUGAAAAGUUAAUUAUGUGCUCUUUGCAUGUCUAGUGAGAUAAUGACAGGAGCUUAGCAUCUGAAUUUCUUUUGUUGUUUACUCUGUGGCAUAUGCAAUAAACUUGUUAAAGCAGAUCUGACUCUUA